AUGGAGGCUCUAGAAAGCAACCGCAAACCCUCCACAGUUCCGAUCCCCGGCAAUGAGUUAUCUAAGUCCACGUCAAAGCGGUCUCGCGUCGUUGUCUCGCAGUCGAAACGCGGCUGCGUUACUUGCAAGACGCGCCGGGUGAAAUGUGAUGAGCAGAAACCUCUGUGUCGCCGAUGCAUCCAAGCGGGCCGGUUAUGUGGCGGGUACGGCCACAAGAGCAAGUCGUCAUUCCCUCUGCAACCUGCUCUGACGACUGGCGUCAAAGUAGACAGCCACACGGAGAGGCUAAGCCAUCUUGCAGCUCAUGUGCUAUCUCUAAAUAGCGAGGGCCUUCCUACGCAAGAGGAUGAUGUCUGGGGUCGCGUAUUUCUCCAGCUAUCAAAUCAAAAUGAAUGCGUCAAGGCCGCCGCAGCCGCAUUUGGCGCUGCGUAUGAGUUGUCGUUGAAUAACACCAUAGGAAAGGUCCCAGCUUCAGCUUGGCGUUACUAUGGCUCAGCAUUGACAAUGCUCCAGUCGGAGCUGAGAGAGGAGAGCACUGAGCUGGAGUCUCUAGCUCUGGCAUCACUGAUUUUGGCUUGCGUCGAGGUCCUAAGCCAGCACGAGCAUAAUGCAUUUGCCCAUUUUCUCGGAGCCGUGCAGAUCCUGACCAGAGCCUAUCAGCGUCGAAGGGGAGCUCCAUCUUCUGAUAUUCUAAACAAAAUCAAGGAUGGCGUGGUCAAUGCCAAUCUCCUGCUUGGUGGUUACGCUCUGUCCCAGACACCGCAAUUUAUGUACGUCAUAUUUCAAGAGGCAGCCCCUAGAGACAAUGUAUUUGAUAAGCCUGAACUUGCUAUCAAUGCGGCGAUGCUAUGCCUUCAGCGAUCAUACCAAUUCAUAUCGUCCGCUUCCCGCCUCCAGUACAAGCAUCCAGGCUGGAAAGAGUAUGGUUCCGUCAUGUGCGAGGACCAAAACAAAGCCUUAGCCGAAUGCUAUUCCAUUCUCGAUGGUCUUGCGGGACUCAUCACAAGACAGCAAUCUCAGCAUUCCUCCUCAACAGUCACACAGAAGGAUUGGGAGAUACUAGCAGAACUUUAUGCUCUCCGAACGCAGUUAACAGCGAAUAUCAUAUUCAUCCUAUGCGUCGACACCCCAUAUGAAACGGCGUAUGAUGAACACUUGGACAAAUUCCGAAGCAUCGUGAGCGACGCUGCAGCAUCGGCGCGGCUAAGGCGACGGGCCAAACCAAGCGCUUUCAAACGCUUCUCAACACGCCUUGGUCUUGUCAGCCCUCUCUACUUCACGAUUUUGAAGUGUAGGGACCCGGCGCUACGUGCUGUGGCAAUAUCAAUGCUGAGUGAACAGGACCGCGAGGGGCCAGCCGAUGGACACAUUCUGGCGGCAAUCGGUGCCCAAGUGGCUGCACUGGAGAUAUCAGACAGUGUGCCUUCUACGCCCGACGCUCCCCUGGCUGCCUGCAACAUUCUCGAAGAGCAGCGGUUUCACGGAUACACAGUACCCCCUCCAAGGUUGGAUUCCGAGGGCCGGCGUGUGGUCGACGUUGUUUUCGCGCGGCCAAACCCGCCUCUCGCCCAGGGAUGGGGCGAUGCCGACUACUCAGUGCCAGAUGGCUGGAGCAAGUGGUCGGUGCCUGUCGAGAUAUAG